AUGGGAUUAUUCAGAUCAAGCUCGCCUGCCACGGAAGACCAUCAGCUGCACGACAUACAGCAUACUCCCACGACCUCAUCGCCACUACAACAUCGACAGGAUCAGGACCAGAUCGAUUCUGCUCAUGCUCACGAUCAACUCGGCGCUGCCAACCCGGGCAAGACGAGUUCAAAGCCAGGCAAGAAGGACAAGGUCCCGUUCUGGCAACGUCCUGCUAAUAACGCGUUGAAACAGCAACGACUGAAAGCUUGGCAGCCCAUCUUGACGCCAAAGUCUGUGAUCCCUACCUUCUUUGUCGUCGGCAUACUCUUCUGUCCUAUUGGCGGAGCGCUCCUGUGGGGUAGCAACCAGGUCAACGAGCUCACGAUUGACUACACCGGCUGCGAGUUCUCUGCGCCCAACACCACCUUUGCCAAUGUGCCCUCGGGAGACUUCAUGUACUCCAUGUCGGGCUACUCAGCUGCCACGCCGCCGCCUUCCUGGCAGUUUGCCUCCAAUCCAACAGCUGCCAAUGUAUCUCAACGAGAGACUUGUACCCUCCAGUUCACCAUCCCAUCAGAUCUUCAGCCGCCCGUAUUUCUCUACUAUAAGAUGACGAACUACUUCCAGAACCACAGGCGGUACGUCAGAUCGUACGACGUCUCUCAGCUCAAUGGCGACUAUAAAUCUGCAAGCGAUCUCAACAAUGGAAAUUGCAAACCUGUGGCGAGAAACUUUGAUGGAGGCUUGCCUAUCUACCCCUGUGGUCUCAUCGCCAACUCACUCUUCAAUGACACGAUCAGUUCGCCUGUGCAACUGAACGCGGCAGGAACGACCGCGGGCGCAGUCGAAUACCCUAUGUCCGAGAAAGGCAUAGCGUGGCCAGGCGAUGCAAAGAAGUACGGCAAGACAGCAUACACCAAUGCAAAUUGUAUUCCUCCGCCUUUCUGGGCCCUCCGGUAUCCCAAUGGCUACACAGACGAAACACCGAUUCCCGAUCUCAGUCAGGACGAACACUUCCAGGUCUGGAUGAGAACUUCUGGGUUGCCAAGCUUCAGGAAGCUGUGGUCGAGGAAUGACAAUGACGUCCUUCGAGCGGGUCGCUAUCAGCUCUCCAUCUUCAACAACUAUCCUGUUGCGCCCUACCACGGUACAAAGUCCAUCGUGAUCAGCACUGUCAGCUUCAUCGGCGGCCGCAACCCUUUCUUGGGCAUCUCUUACAUCGUCGUCGGCGCGAUCGCUCUCAUCAUUGGCGUCUUGCUCACUGCUCGUCAUCUCAUUCGCCCUCGAAGGAUGGGAGACAUGGCAUACUUAUCAUGGAAUCGAACAAAGCAGGAUUGA